GUUGCCCAGCGGAGGGUUACUUUUAGAUCGACAUCUAAGUGUUGUAUGACUGCUAAAGUAGAAGGUGUGAUAUUUUGCUUAUUAAAUGCGUACUCAUUACUAACAGAUGUAUCUUCAUGUUUAAUUGAAACUAACAACCUGAAGAAAACGAUUAUUGUUGUAGGAGUCGAAACCGCAGUUGGAGCGUGAACUACAAUGGCGGAUGUGAGCGAGCAAGAGAAUACUACUAAUGAAUCUGCUCUGGAAGAGGACAGUGAGCAGCAAAAGAAACUUAAAGUAGAGGAGGUUGCUGCAAUAGAGAACCUGGAUUUACUGGGUGAAAAAAGCACAUACAAAGAUGCUGGAGAUGCAUAUACUAAAGAUGUUGAAGAAUCUGACUUUGCUAGUAAUUUGGAGUCUGUGUCUCCAACAGUGCCAGCCAAGGAAAAUAGGCCUCGGUGUGAGCAUUGUAAUAUAUCAUGCUCUAAUGAAACCCAGUAUAUAUGUCAUAUGAUGGGACAGAAGCACAGAAAGAAAAUGAGAGAACUUGGGUUGCUUGCAUCGAAUGAAGAGGAAAUGACCAACCGAAAAGCCUUGGAGGAGUAUGUUUUGAACCCUGAACGUACUGAACCUAUAAUUGGACUACAAUACCUAACUGAAUAUCGGAGCCCUGGAAAUCAACAUUCCUCCUACCUGUGUACACUCUGUGAUGUCCGUUCAUGCCUGGAUAUAAUUUUUCAUGUCACUGGUGCAAAGCAUCGGCAUAAUUAUCUGAAAAAGAUGCAUCCAGAUUUGAUUCCCCUUGAAGAGCAAGAGGCUGGACUUGUGAAGAUGCAUUCGUUGUUGAAAGAAAAAGCAGAAAUGAUUGAAUGCAAGGAGGGUUGUGGAGAAGUGAAGGUGCAGAUAUUUGAGAAGCCCAAAGAACUUUUACGAAAACCGGGAAAUACAAGUGAAGUUAAAAAGGAAGAACCUCAAGAAAAAACUAAGUGUAAAGACACUUCUGCUGAAAAACGUGAAGUUAAAAAGGAAGAACCUCAAGAAAAAAAUAAGUGUAAAGACACUUCUGCUGAAAAACGUGAAGUUAAAAAGGAAGAACCUCAAGAAAAAACUAAGUGUAAAGACACUUCUGCUGAAAAACGUGUUGUUGCCAUGCCAAGCAUUGGUUCUGUUGGUCAGCUGGUUAAGCAAAUGCAAACCAGUCCACGUUUUCUUAACCCCACAACAGUUAAUCCUAAAAGCAUGCACUCUUUGAUGGAUCUGAAAAUAGAAAAACCUUCAUCACUUGGGAAGAGGAGAGGUGCUCCAAAUGAUUUUUCUUACAGUGAGGAUAGUCUAAGGCCAUUACCUGAGGAGAGUUUAAGUGAUUUUUUUCCAGGUAAUUACGCUGAAAAUGUAAGCCUGUAUCCUGGUGGUAGAUUCAGUGAGAGUACUCCUGAAGAUUUUGAAAGGCUACGUCUGAGUGAUAAAACAAGAUUCAGUGAGUCAAGCCCAUGGGGACAAUUCAGAGAAGGCAUUUCAGACAGAACAUACCAAGAGAAUUAUCAGUCAGAUCUUACUGGAAGCAGAUUACACCAGAGACAACCUCAUUUACAUGAAAAUAUUGCACAGAGGAGAUACAAUGAUGAAGAUCCCUACAUCAGAGAAAGAUGGUUAUAUGAGGAGAAUCCAACAGAAAGGCUAUAUGAUGAUCCAGCUGCUUUGCAAAGAAGGCGGAUUCAUGAAGAAUCUCCAGAUCGUUGGGCAUUUAGCACUGAAGGCACAUAUACUGACUACACUAGCCGAUGGAAAUCGAGCCAAUAUGAAAGUAGCAAUCAAAGAUAUGACUUGAAUGUUCCAUCCCGAAAAAGGCCACUGCUUGAUCACACAUCGCCAGUCAUGAAUCCUAGUAUAAGCACUAAGUCUCCUGAUACUAGUGUGGUUCUGGCUGUUGCACAGAAACUUGCCCAAAAACUUUUAGAGUAUGAAGUAAAAUCCAAGCAAGAAGCUUUCAUGGAAGAGAACUCCAACCAAAUGGUUUUACGUGACCAUGUCUCUCCAGAACCUUUUCCUUCUAGGCCAUAUGUUCGAGUAAGGUUGGAUUAUGACAAACCAGAAACGGGCCAUGGUGAUUAUUUAAUGAAAGAUGUGCAAUUUUCACAGAGGCCAUCCUCUUUGUCCAGUUCCUCUUACACUAGAAGCAGCCUUUUUUCAGGUUCUUGGAGAGAUGAGAAUCCUUCUGCUUUGCCCAGGGAAAAUUUCUCCAGAUUUUCUUCGGAAUGGAAUAGCUUGGCAACCAGACCCUUGGAAUCCUCUGCAUCCAGUCGAGAAAUGGAAGUAUUUCAUAAAUCCUGGUCACAAGGAUAUAAAUAACUUGCAGUGUAAAUAGUGGGUAUAUUUUUCCCCAUCUUGCUAUCAGCCAUUGAAUUUCUGUUUUUGUUUUUAAUCACAUUUUUUGAAAACCUGAAUAGCAGCCCAACAGAUACAACUGUUUAAUCCUGUUCUCUGUUCCCCUGUUUCAUGAAAAACCAAAUUGAGUUUUUAUAUGCGCUAAACUUUUGAAUAGUUAAAAAGUAAUAAAUAGAGUAAUGUGAAACACUGAUGGUUCUGUUGUAGAAGAGACAUUUGACUUUGAGUAAAUCUUGGGUCACACCUUACAAAGAAAUGAUUAAACAUUUGUUUAUGGCAAUGUUUUUAUAAUAUACCUUGGUAAAAAAAAUUUAAUAAAAGAAAUCAAGCUCAAAAGGUCAGUUGACUGUACUUUACGGUAAAUAUUUCUGCAAAUUUGAUAAAACCAGGGGCUUCUUUCAGCAUACAUUUUGAACUCGAUCUCAUAGCUUAUUAAUAAAUAUUUGGUAUGUGGCAUUGAUAUUACUUCUAAAGCUCCAAGUUAACAUUUUUCACUGUGCUAAAUCUUGAUAACCUGUUUAGCAGUUAUUGCAUAUUGGUAGGUCAAAAAGAAGAGGCAGUUUUUUGAAUACCUCAAUAAAAUGCAACUUAAUUUUUUAGUGGUUUUCAACAUGGUCUCAUUAAGUCUAUAAAAAGAUCUUGCAUCAUUACUUGAGCUUAAUGCCAUCUAAGAAAAAUAUUUUAAUACAUAAUUUUUGCUUUUUGUCUAGAAUGGCCUUCAUUAAGCACAUUUAUUCUCAUUGUUGCACAUUUUAAUUUCACAUUAAUUCAACUGUUGUAGUCUGUACUGUACAUUUGGGGUGUAUUUGAGUACAGGGUAGUGGUUUCAUAUAUUCAGACUUACCUAAAAGUGUACCAUGAAU